AUAGAAAUUAUGGGACAGCAGACGUUGAUCUACAGCUUCGUGGCGCGCGGGACGGUGAUCCUAGCGGAGUACACGGAGUUCACCGGAAACUUCACCGGCGUCGCCGCCCAAUGCCUCCAGAAACUCCCUGAGUCAAGCAACAGGUUCACCUACAAUUGCGAUGCCCACACCUUCAACUACCUCGUCGAUAACGGUUUCACCUACUGUAUUGUUGCUGCUGAAUCUGCUGGAAGGAACCUCCCUAUUGGGUUCUUAGAGCGUGUAAAGGAUGAUUUUUACAAGAAAUAUGGUAAAGGGAAAGGCGCUACUGCAGGUGCCAAUAGCCUAAAAAAGGAAUAUGGACCGAAACUGAAAGAACACAUGAGGUAUUGCGCUCAACAUCCAGAUGAAAUUGACAAGCUUGCUAAGGUCAAGUCUCAGGUUAAUGAAGUCAAGGGAGUGAUGAUGGAAAAUAUUGAAAAGGUUCUUGACCGUGGUGAGAAGAUUGAGCUUUUAGUAGACAAAACAGAUGAUCUUCGGUCACAGGCACAAGAUUUCCGGAAGCAAGGGACGAAGAUUAAGCAGAAGAUGUGGUACGAAAAUAUGAAGAUAAAAUUGGUUGUGGCCUUUAUCGUUGCAGUCUUGGUUCUUUUGAUCAUCCUGGCUAUCUGUCCUCAUUUCAAAUGCUGA